AUGCAUUACCGAGUAUACGGAAUUCUUUUAACAACUCCCAGUACUGACCGUAGGGAUGAUGGCACUGGUUUGGAGCGGGCCAGGACGCCUGCUGUGGAGGACACAGUGCAGAAAGUCUCUGAGGUGCAGAAGGAAAAGUCGGAAACUGGACACAUAACUAAACCCGACUGUCCACCAGUGGGUUUGGAAUCCUUGAGAGUAGCUGAUUACCAGCUGCAGGCUUCGUCAUCAUUGAGCAGUGGUUUAGGCCCCCACCGAGGACGCCUCAACAUACAGUCAGGUCUAGAGGAUGGAGAUGAGUAUGAUGGAGCAUGGUGUGCUGAACUAAAGGAUAAAGAGCAGUGGUUGCAGUUUGAUGCUCUCAGACCAACACUAUUCACUGGGGUCAUUCUGCAGGGAAGAAGCUCCAUCUGGAGCUUACACUGGGUUACUCGGUAUAAGGUCCAGUUCAGUAAUGACUCUGUGGAAUGGCAGCCUUGCAAGAAUGGAUCACAAGAAGCAGUGUUUGUUGGGAGUCAGGACCAGGAGACUCCUGUGCUGGCACUUUUUCCUGAACCUACAGUGGCCAAAUACAUUCGCAUCAACCCACAAAGCUGGUUCAGUAAUGGCUCUAUCUGCCUUAGAGCUGAAAUCCUGGGCUGCCCCAUGCCAGAUCCUCACAACCAGUACAUAUCAGAAACAGAGAGAGGUUCUACUGAUAAGUUGGACUUUAGACACCAUAAUUAUGUCGAGAUGAGAAAGUUACUGAAGGCAGUGAAUGAUAUGUGUCCUAAUAUUACACGUAUCUAUACGAUUGGAAAGAGUUACACUGGACUUAAACUCUAUGUCAUGGAGAUUUCAGACAACCCUGGGAAACACGAACUGGGAGAGCCAGAGUUCCGCUAUGUUGCUGGAAUGCAUGGAAACGAGGCUUUGGGCCGGGAACUGGUGUUAAAUCUUAUGCAGUACCUUUGCCUCGAAUACAAACGAGGCAAUCAGCGAGUAGUUCGGCUAGUGAAAAACACACGUAUCCACCUUUUACCAUCCUUCAACCCUGAUGGAUAUGAAGCAGCAUAUGAGAAGGGUUCUGAGCUUUCUGGUUGGGCUUUAGGUCGCUACAGCUAUGAGGGCAUUGACAUGAACCAUAACUUCCCCGACCUCAACAGCAUCAUGUGGGAUGCUCAGGAACUGGCAACAGAUAAAAAAAAAGUCAGCAACCACUACAUCCCUAUGCCAGAGUACUACACCUCAACUGAAGCAACAGUUGCUCCAGAGACACGAGCUGUAAUAAAUUGGAUGCAGCAUAUUCCCUUUGUUUUGAGUGCAAAUCUGCAUGGAGGAGAGCUGGUGGUCACUUACCCGUUCGACUGCACAAGAGACUGGAUCCCCCGCGAGGACACACCUACUGCAGAUAAUGAAUUCUUUCGCUGGCUGGCAGCUGUUUACGCCUCCAGCAAUCUGGUGAUGUCCAACCCUGACCGCCGAAUGUGUCAUUUUGAGGACUUCCAGCGUUACAACAAUAUUAUUAAUGGAGCUGAUUGGCAUACUGUCCCAGGAAGCAUGAACGACUUCAGCUACUUGCACACUAAUUGCUUUGAGGUGACUGUAGAGUUGUCAUGUGAUAAAUUCCCUCAUGCAACUGAGCUUCCUGUUGAAUGGGAGAAUAACAAGGAGUCUCUUCUACUCUACAUGGAGCAGGUGCACAGAGGCAUAAAAGGUGUGAUCAGAGAUAAAGACACUAAACAUGGUAUUGCAAAUGCUAUUGUUAAAGUUGAGGACCUGAACCAUGACAUUAGAUCAGCUGCUGAUGGCGAUUACUGGCGCCUGUUGAACCCUGGUGAGUAUAAGGUGGUUGUGUGGGCAGAGGGCUACUUCCCAGCAAUGCGUCACUGCUCUGUAGGUUCAGAGCCACAGGCCACCAUCUGUGACUUCAACCUUGUUAGAACACCCCAAGAGCGCAUCAAACAGAUCCUGGCCAAAGGUGGGAAGAUCCCCCGGGACGAGCAGCUCCACAUCAGAGCCAUGCGAAUGCGUAAACUUAGAGUCAGCACCAAAAUUCUGAACCGCCGGCGUGAGCAACAGCUGCGACGUUCCAAAGUCAAAAGAGACUGAAUGGAAUGCUGGAAAAUCGCAAAAGACAGAGACAAGCCAAUCCCUCCUCACACACUGUGAUCAUGUUUAGAUAGAAGGAAAGUAGAAAGUCGUAACCUAUGAAGUUGCGGGUCAUGCGGCAUUUCCAACAUGCAGCAUUCGGGGGUCUUAACUCACGGGCUUGUUUAUAUUUGACAUUUUUAACUGGGCAAAAAGAACCCAAGUAUUUUUUCUUUUAAAAGGUUCACUUUAAAAGGUGUUCACUAUUCAAUUUCUGUCUCAUCUCUGCUCUGCUCUUAAACACUGAAUGUUUUUAUAAAUAAUACGAGUGUGAAGAACUCCCCGGUGAAAAUGGUAUGGUGUAGCUGGUUUUCUACACCCAUAGCCACAUGUAACAAAUUAGACCAUUUAUUAUUCAUUUUAAUAAAAAAAACCUUCUUUAAAA